CAUCAGCUGUUUGCGGGAUGCCCCGAGCGGGCGUAUUUUGGAAACAAUACCGCGCGGUGCAGAGUGGCCUCCACCCGAGCUUGCCCGCCUCCUGCCGCCGCCGCCCCUGUCUGCGCCUCCCGCCGCCUGCUGCUGCCCGCUGGGCUUUUCCCCCCUCCUUCCCAAUUGAGUUUGGGCGCCAAGCCCCCGAGUGCUCGUCACGCUGGACCCUGGCACGGAACCCUGGCAUCACGACUCGGAGGCCGAGAUUCUCCCCUGGAGUCACCCAGGACACACUCUUACCACAUCGUUGAGCCUGUUUGUUGUGUUGAGCAAGCAGCGGGUGGAGACUAGAGUCUUGGGCGGGGCUUAGCAGGGGAGAUGGAGCCACCCCAGUGUGUGGAGGAGCUGGAGGAUGACGUAUUCCAGCCAGAGGAUGGGGAGCCGGGGACCCAGCCCAGGAGCUUGCUCUCUGCUGACCUGUUUGCCCAGAGCCAGCUGGACUGCCCCCUCAGCCGUCUGCAGCUCUUCCCUCUCACGCACUGCUGUGGCCCUGGGCUUCGACCCACCAGCCAGGAAGACAAGGCCACCCAGACUCUGAGCCCAGCUUCCCCGAGCCAGGGUGUCAUGCUGCCUUGUGGGGUGACUGAGGAGCCCCAGCGACUCUUUUAUGGCAAUGCUGGCUACCGGCUCCCCCUUCCUGCCAGCUUCCCUGCAGGCUUGCCCCUUGGUGAGCAACCCCCUGAAGGGCAGUGGCAACAUCGAGCAGAGAUACAGAUUGCCCGAAAACUCCAGUGCAUUGCAGACCAGUUCCAUCGGCUUCAUAUGCAGCAACACCAGCAGAACCGAAAUCGCGUGUGGUGGCAGAUCCUCCUCUUCCUACACAACGUUGCUUUGAAUGGAGAUGAGAACAGGAAUGGGGCAGGUCCCAGGUGAGGCUGGGCUGCCCCCUUCGCAUGGGCACCAUGGAAGGACAUCGGCGAGGACUGAUACUGCGUCUUGUGAAGUUGUUGUUUUGUGUUUUUAUUUUUAAAAUUUCUCUGUGUACAUAAGACAUACCCAAGCAGGACCUCUUUCCCCGUUCAGGGCCUCAACCAGGAGUGGGGGCCUUCGUCAAACACUGUUGAAAUAGAGGCUGGUGUGUCUGUGACGUGGAUCCUCCUAAGGGCUUGGACAAGUAGAUCCUUCUGUCAUCGGUUAUUGAAGACGACCAGGUAGUGAUCUCCCACGAGUGGACUGUAGUUUUCCCACAGGAACUUAAGAGAUAGGAGCCUGGAUUAGCCUUGUGGUUCCACCAAACCUGUCAGCCUUCCACCAUGAAUGGAGCCCCUAUCCGACGGGUCACACUGCUUUAACCACCCCCCUGCCCCCCACAGGGCCUCAGCCAGGGGCUUUCCAGCUGUGCAUGGCAACUUCACUAGGUCGGUCAGCCAGCUCCAUGUCUGGGCUCUCACUGGACCCAGCCAUCGCCCGCCCCAAGGGCUCAGGGAUUCUUACCCAGCCCCUGUCAUCUCCAGCAGACCUCAGGGAGGGUUGGGUUUCUCCAUGGACCCUCAAAAAGUGCCGCAAAAAUGAACCAAACUUCUGGGUAGGCCUCACGUCUGCCUUGGUCCCACUUGGAAGCCCAGGAUUGGUCCUGAGGUGCAGAACCACUGCCCACUCUGGCUGCCCAGGACUGGCUGGAUGUCAACCAUGGAGGAGCCAAAUAGCCAGUCAAUGUGCUGUAGCCAGCAGCUGGUGCCUUUGUCGGGUCUUCUUUUCAAAGAGCCAGCCAACAGACUGCGUCCCACCCCCAACAGCAGCACUCUAGGGCCGGAAGAGACAGGACCGGACUGUGGAGGUGCUGGGAAACCAGGCGGCCAUCCCACCCAUAAGAGUAAGCCCUAGAGGAACCCAGACCCCUUGGUUUCCUUGGAAACCAGUUACCUCCUCCCUUUUAUCCCCAUUCCUUUCUCAUACCUAGUGGGAUCCAGGAAGAAUCCAGCAUAGUGGCUUUGUCAGCUGAAAUCUGUCUUUUAGAGUAACAGACUGUGAUCAGAGUGAGGAACUGUCAAAGCUGGGUGCACAUUUCCCGUCUUCCUUCAGCUUCCAGCCAGGCCAGAAAGGCAAGCUCUGGAACUCAGCAGGAUCACCACUGCCUCUGAACUCCUUCUUUUCUCUCCCUGCUGUGGCACUAAUGGAGAGAAUUUAAAGCAGCCUGCCUGGCAGCUCUGAGAACAGACACAGGGAAUCUGAAAAGAUGCAGGGAAUCUGUUAACUAGACACCUAGAAAUUAAAUUAUCAUUUUUUCAUAUGUGAGCAAAGUUAACAUUGGUGCUAACGGUGAAGCAAGGCCCGAAGAAAAGAUGGCUUCCCUGGGCAGAGAAGGCCCCAGGGCUACCCAAGGAAACUGGAGGAGUCCAGAGCAGACUCUCAUAUCUGAACGAGUCCCAGCUCCUCUGAUUGUGCAGAGAGGAGGUCUUCAUUACCGUUGAAGGACGCACUGAUCUGGAUGUACGGUCAGGCAGGUUGUUCACUGCACAAGGGCACCGGCAGAGGAAGGGGAUGGAAGCUAGAAUCUAGCCCAUGCUCUGCUCACUAAGUUGUAUGCCCUAGUGUCGGGCUGUGUCCACUUACAGGAAGGGUGCCUUUCCUAAUUUGCACAAAGGUGCCCUAUGAGCUCACAGUGGCUCGAAGAAGGACUUCAAUCUGUGCAUCAGCCUUGGUUUUGUUCUGCUUGGAUAUUCUAGAGGUAUUACCUACCUAUUCUUGGCCAGAAUUGUAUUCUCAGGGUGUGUACCAUGGUUUGUCUGCUAAGAAGAUAGGUUCCUUCUUAAAAGAAGGAACCCAGGGAACAGGCAUGGAAACUGGUGCUGGGAUAGGCUGACCAUUGUGAAAUCCAGCCUUCUCUGUGGGUCUUCACACCAUUUUAUUGAUGUGCAUGGGACAUGUGUUAUUUUUCCCUCUCCUGGACCAAGGCUGUGACUGGCAGGGUGCCGGUAUACCUUGAGUGGCACACAUAAGAAAACAGGAUUAUUUUUACCAGCCACUUUUACCUCCUCUUAGCAGACUUUCCAUGUGAGCUGAGUUAGAGCGCAAAUAAAUGGUCCAGGCCUUGGUGCCUAGGCAAAGCCAUUGGCCUCAAGAGACCUUGCUGGGCUGAGCAGGAUGUCCAGUGGCCUGUCCUGAGAACUGAGCCCACAGUUUGAGAAGCUCAGUUGAACAUUGCACCUGGGGCUGGGUAGAGGGUGGUCUGACUGCACUGUCUCCAUAUUCCAUGAAGCCAGGAGCUAAUUCACUAUCCCAAGCAAGCCAGAACCAAAUGUGAAACGCCCCUCCUUGCCUUCCCGCCAGAACCCAGCAGGUAGAAUAGGCUGUUUUUAAUUGGUGUAGUGAUCUAGACUGGCCUCUUCCCCCUCUGCCUGGUGACUUGGUCUGAACAUUCCUCAAGUUCAACCUCAGGAGACCCGUCCCUGCCCCUGGGCUCCCUCUCCCCAGCCCCCACCCCCAGGAGCUUGGAUGUCUCCAGUGAAGGGGUUUAGAAUCAGUUAGAGGGAGGGAGAGUCUGACCUGGCUCCUGACCUGUAACGGACAGAAGACUUGUGGAGCUUCUGUGGUUUGCUGAGGGUGGGGUUCGGGAGAGGGACUGGAAACUUCCCUGGUAGGAAUUGCCCUGGAGGGAAGGGAAGCCUGAUCUUCAGGGUCAAAACAACUCUCCUCAUGAAGAACCCCAGAGUAGGGGCUUCUGGAAGGUGGUAGAACUAGGGAGGGAACCCCCUCAGGCCAGCUGUCUGACUCACUCAGACAGUUCCUGGACUCAGCUGGGCCUCUAUGUUUGCCUGCUUCAAAGCCUGGGCUGAUGGAAGGCUGCCCCUGGGGCCUUUUCUUGCUUAGUCCAAGGAUCACCUUCCUCAAGCUCCCAGGGCAGGGGGCUUAUGUGACAGGCAUGUCCUGAAUGCUCAGAGGGGCCCAGCUGACUUGUCUCUCUGUCCCCAGUAGCCCAGCCUCAUCCAAGGAUGGGUUGGACAUGGCAAGGAGGGACAUGGUCCAACCAGGGCCUCCUCCACUUGGGGGCUGGGGAGCCACUGUGAUUGUCCUGGUUAGCAUGCAGAGAGUUCUGAUGAAGUGGGGUGGGGCAAGUGAGGGAUAGCAGAAGCAGGCACAUUGGCUCUGUGGGGGCUUCUGCACAUUGGUGCUGUAGGGUCCCUCUGUAUGUGGGUGGGGACAACAUGGUGAGAGACAACUCAGGCUGACUCCUUAACUCAUUAGCCUGUGAAGCCUCCUGGGGACACUGAGCAGUGGGUGUCCAAGGCUGGUGGGCACUUUGAGCCUUGAGGGAACAGCAGAGCAAGCCAUGCGCUUCACAGAUGUAUCAGCCUCUUGGGCUGAAGGUGCUGAAGGCUGCAGGCUCCUAGUCUGCGCUGCCCUUCUCUCUGCUCAGCAGACCAGCACCUCUCCCUGCUCUGUGAGCAUCGCCCAGCAGGUUGCUCCAUCCCUGGGUCCACAAGGUCUGUGGGGGGAGACCUAGUGAGAAUGUAGUAUUUUGUCCCUCCCAGGUUAGCUGUCCUGGGUUCACUGUGCUCUGCCUCUGGGAGAGAGACAACAGAAGAGAGGGAGGGGAUGGGAACUCAUUGUUUCUAAACCUGUACCGAAUAUUUGGCUUUGUGUUCUUCACAUGCAUAUAUGUGUAUAUAUCUUUAUCCCCAUCAAUUGGUACAGUUUUUAAUAAAACCAUUUAAAGCAAA